GGAGCGCCGGUGGAACAAGAGACUUUAGAGAAACGGGCUGAAGGGGUGUGCCUCUCUACAACUAUAUCUAUUUUUUGCUACCUAAACCUAAAAUAAUUGAACGCCUGGCACUUUCCACAACUUUGUUUUAACCGAAAAUUUCAUUUUUUUUUAUUUGAAAUAUUUUUGUCGCUCUUUUCCAACCGGGUUAAAUCCCACCUUGUGGACUUUUUUUGUGUGAUUUAACUUAAAGGAUAAACACAAUGGCGGAGACGUCAAGUGCUCCAUCUAAAGCCAAAAAGACAGCCAAGGCUAAAAAGCCCGCUUCUCAUCCCAAAUACUCGGACAUGAUCAAAGCGGCUAUUGUCCACGACGCGAGCCGGAGCGGAGCGUCCCGCCAGUCCAUCCAGAAGUACGUGAGGAAGAACUACAAAGUGGGCGACAACGCCGACGUCCAGAUCAAAAUGGCCCUAAAACGGCUGGUGGCUUCUGGGAUGCUGCGCCACACCAAAGGUAUCGGAGCGUCCGGCUCCUUCCGGCUGACCAAACCGGAGGACGCCAAAAAGUCCAGCAGCAAGGCAGCUGCGCCCGCCAAACCCAAGAAAGUAGCAAAACCCAAGGCGGCCAAGAAGGCGGCCAAGCCCAAGAAGGUGUCCAAGACCCCGGAGAAGCCCAAGAAGGCACCUGCGAAGAAAGUCAAAAAGGUUGCCAAGAAGGCGUCUCCGGUGAAAGCGAAGAAAGCUCCGGCGAAGAAGCCCAAGGCAGCCAAAGCCAAGGCAAAGCCAGCGAAGAAAGCAGCCAAACCCAAGGCAAAGACACCCAAGAAGGCAGCAAAGACGUCCAAAAAGAAGUAGACGGACAAUACAGCCGGCGAUGUAAAUAUUUAAGGAAAUGUUUUCGUAAAUGUCUUAUUUUUGUAAGGUUUCAUUCAGACACAAGGUGUUUUUAACCUGUUUUUAUUAUAGCAUUCAGAAGCUGUAGAAAUUGUGAGCAUUUCUAUUUUUUAUUUGAACAUCGUCCAUUUCCGCCUGAUCCUUAAACUAUUUCCACGGGGGGUCUUGCUGAAAUCACGCGUUUGUACAGCUGAGGUAAUGACUGUUGUCAGUAUACUUUAACAAAAAAACUUAAUGUUUUAACGGUGACAAGGUGAAGAUGAGUUCCAUGAAGGCACCACAGCUCUUAUUUUACCCAGUUAUAUUUGUCUUGAAGAAUCAUAUUGUGUUUAGCGACAGACUGUUCAUAAACGCAUCCAAUAAACCUUUGUCACAUUUUGAAAGUGCUUUAACUUAUUGUGCACUUAAAAACACUGUAUAUACAAAGGGAAAAUAAAAGUGACUCUUCAAACAUUCAA